AUGUUGGGAAUGGGCUUCUAUGGCUGUUUAUUUACCUUGUCCGAUUACUCUUACACAGACCCUGGCUGUCUGUUCUUAGGCCCCGGAGAUGUGGGGGCUUGUUCUGAUAGUAGUAGUAUUCUCUCUUAUAAAGUCUGCUUAGGAGGUGCUAUGAUCUGGGCUAUUAAUCAAGAUACCUAUGAUUAG